AUGAAGAAAAUUAGAUAAUAUACAGAGGAAUAUUUAAAAUAUUCAAUUGGAUAUACUUAAAUAGCUUUAUCAUAAGAUUAUUAAACAUUUUGGAUAAUAAUUGAGUUAAUUUCAUAAAUUCAAAGAAUAGCUAUGGUUUUUUUGUUUGAAGAAGUUUUACAUAUUCUUUAAGAUAGAAGAAAUAUAAUGAUAAAUUAUGUAUCAGAUUAUUGGGUAUGCAAAUUUAUAUCUAAAACAUUUGUGCCAACAAUUUUAAUGGCUGAUUUAUUUUCGACUGAUUCAAUAAUAGCAAUUUAAAUUAUUUUAAUAUUUCUUUUAUGUUUUCCCUUAUUAGCAAUAGCAAUAUUCAUUGAAUAUGAGAAAUCAAAAUUUGCCACAAUUUAAUUCAAAUCCUAAGUAGGAGGGCCAGAUAAUUCUAAUCGUAAUUAUUUGGAUUAAUUUAAUUAGUUUCUAUUAAUCUCUUAAAUAGAUCUUAUAAUAUGUCAAAUUUUAUUGAAAAUUUUCUCUAUCAAUAAUUAAUGGGAAAUGAUUAAUAAUCUUGGUUAAAUGUUGUAAGGAAUUUCUUAGCUAAAUUAUUAAAUACUUAUCCUCAUAUAUUUACGAUACCUUUGAUGUAUUGGAAUCUAUUAGUAGUUUUAUUAGUAAUUUUUGAUGUUUAAAUAUCAUAUAAUCAAAGAUUAUUUAUGGUAUUUUUAGAUAUUGUUACAACUAUUGAAAUGAUUAUAUUAUGGACAUUCUCAAUGAUUGCUUAAAGAAGUUAUACAAUGUUUGAUAAUAAUCAUCUUAGAAUAUAAUAAUCUACAUGGUUCAAUAUAUCCUAAGUAGUUAAGUUUAUGCCUAUUAUAGUCUAAUUCAUAUACUUUCUCUAUUCUGACACUUAAUAUGAUAAUAAUAUAUAGAUUCUAAUUACAUCAAUAAUACAACUUAAUUUAAUUGGAGAUUUAUUGGAUUUUUUUAUAUCUAUUCCAUAUAUGUUUGAAUAUAAACAAAAUUUAUCCUUUUUAUGUUUAAGUGCUUCCUUAACUAUUUCACUUUCUCAUUAAUUUUAAUUGUCUUAAAUGUAACUCUUUUCUAUGUGUCUUAUUUGCAUUCCUAUUUUAACCAAAAUGAUUUAAGUCAUAUUUAAUUAUGUUCUUUAGUAAAUUUUUGAUUAACAAUUAUAUCUUGAAAAAAAAAAAAUAAAAACAUAAAAAAGAUCAAGUUCUAGAAGAUCUUAAUUUGUUGAAGAUGAUUCAUAACCAUUUGUUAUUGAAAAGGAAAUGUAAGAAAUUAAAAAAUAAUAAAUUGAGGCAUUAAAAAAUUAACAUUUUCGAUACUUUGUUCAUUAUCUAAGAUAUAUUUCCUUUUUUAGAUUAUCUGAUUAAUAAUAAUUAGAUAAAAAUUCAAAAAUUGAUAAUAUAAAGAAAUCAAAUUUUUUGAUUAAAAUAAUUGUAUUAAUAAAAUCUCAUGUUUAAAAUUGUUAAAGUGUUUAUUGUUAUUGCAAAGGAUUCAGAGGAGAAAGGAGAUAAGUAAUAGAUACUAGAAAAAAUACUGUUGAAAUGAAAAUUUAUAAUUCCAUCUAAAUGAAUAAUAUCAACCUAUAAAUAGAAUUAAUUGAAAGAUAUAUUAGGCAAUUUACAAAAUAUGUAUUUGAGAUGGAAAAUAAUGAAAAAAGUCCAAAUAUAUUUAGAUUAUCUUAAUUGUUAUUAUAUAUAUGUGAUUCUGAAGAAUGUUAUUAAGUAAUGACAUUUAUAAUGGAUUAUAAGUAAAGAAAUAUAAAAAAUACUUCAAUGUUAAAUGAAGUUACUUUAACACUUAUUAUAGGUUUAGUUAAACAUAAAGUAUUAUAGAAAAUGAAACAUAAUUUAACUUAAGAUGAGGUAGAAAUAGGAAUAAGAUAUAAAAAUUAUAGAAUAACUGAAAUUAGAAGAGAUUAAAUUUUAAAUCAUAUUUUCUAUAAUAUUGAUUAAAAAAUAAAAUUUAUUAAGAAUUUAUUAGAAUUAAAAGUGAAUUUUGAAUAAUUAUUUAAAUCCCUUACUAACCAUGUAUCUAGUAUGACAAAAAUAUAAGAAGAAAUAGAAAUAUUUUAAAAAUAUUCAAAUUGUAGAACAUCGAUUUUAUUACAUAUGUUUUAUGUUUUAGAAGUAUCAUGUGAUUUUGAUAAAUUUAUUAGAUUAAGAAAUGCAUUAAAAACAAAGAAUUAUAAAUUUUUUGAAUAUCCAUCGACAAGUUCAAAAACAUCUUAAUUAUAGGGAUAUAAAGUACUUUAUUUAAAAACUAAUUUGGCUAGACAUUCAAUUAAUGGUAAAUUUUAUAGAGGUUAAAUUAUGGAUUUUUCAAAUAAUGCACCUAAUUUAUUGGGAUAUGAUCCAAAAGAAUUUAAAUAAACUAUUCAAACUGUUCAUUAAAUAGUUACUCCAAAUUUGGCUACAUAUCAUGAUUAAUUAUUGGAAAUCUUUUUUCUAACUAAUAAGCCUCCUAUUAUUCGUAAAAGAAGGCCAUUAUUAAUGUAAAAGAAAUUUAAAGAAUUGAUAUUCUGUGAAAUGUAUCUUGAUCUCUCAUUUAACAUUUGUGAAGAUGCUUUUCCCAUUUAUUGUUUUCUUAAAUAAAUUGUACCAUAUGGAAAAUAUGAAAAUGUUAAAGGACAUAUUGUAAUAUCUGAUGCCUUUAAAAUUUAAGGGAUAUCAAAUUUAGCAUUAGAAUAAUUAAAAAUUAAAAUUAAUGAUUAUUACAAUAAAGGUAUUGAUGAAAUUAUUCCAAACUUUUAAUUAUAUGUUGAAUAAUUAUAAUAUUAAUAUUAAGUUUAUUAAGAUGAAGAAAUCAUUAGAGAGGAGAAUGGUUCAAUCAGUCAUAAAUUUGAUUAUUAAUAAUAAGAACGAUUGCUUAUACAUUUUACUAUUGAUGUUGAAUAAUUAACAUUUAUCAUUCCUAAAUUAGAAUCUUAAUCAGAUAUUUACUAUUCAAAUUGUUCUAUAACAAUGUCAAUAGGAUUUAUUCAUACUAAAAUUUAUUAAGCGUAUUUAAUUUCUAUCAAAAAAAUAACUUUGGCAGAAAAUUAAUCAAAUUCCUUAUUGUUUGAUGUUUUUAAAAAAGGAUCAUCUUAAGUAUCACUAAAUCCAAUGCGUUUAGAUUCCAUAUAAGGUUUAAUUGACAUAAAAAGUGAUAGUGGAGAUAUUUCUGAUAUACAAUAACUCGAAUAUAAAUAAAAUGAAAUUAAUAAUAUAAUAGAUUAUUAGUUACCUUAAAUUUAUUCGAAUUUUUAAACUCCUUUAGAUUCCAGUAGAUUUAUACUUAAUUCUUAGAAAGGAUAGAUUGAAUAAUAAUAAAUUAAUAUUAUUGAAUCUCAUAAUAGUUAAAUAAAUGAAAAUGAAAUAAAAAGCUUAAAUAAAGUAAGUAAUAGUUAAAAAUCCAAUACAAAUCCAAUUAUCAUAUAAUCAAAAUAAUUGAAAGCUUAAUAUUAGUAAGAGUUUUUUGAAAUUAACCCAAAACAUUAAAAAGUUUCUGAAAUUGAACUCUUAGAUGAAGGAUCUUAAAAUUAAAUUGGAGGUUAGAAUAUUCAUUAAACAGAUACUCAAUAUUAAUAGUAUGGUAAUAAAGAUGUUUCAUCAAUAAUUUAAAAAUCAUAAAUAUAUAAUAAAUUUUCAAGAAAAAGCAAUAUUCCUAAAUUAAUUAAAUUAGUUUUGACUGUAGAUUUUUGUAAUUUAAUAAUCAUUAUGCUUCUAUCUCAUAUCUUUCAUUUUCUGUAUAAGUCAAAUAUGGAUGAUAAUAAAUAAAUCUUAGAAGUUUUUGGUCCUUUUACAACUGUAGAUUUAAUUAGAAAUACUUUGUUAGGUCUUGGACAAUUAUAUAAUUCUAAGAAUUCUACACUAUAAAAUGAAACUACAGAAUUAAUUACAGAAAAUAUAAACCAUAGAUUUGCCAUUUUUUAAUCAGUUUCAUAAAAAAUCGUUGUUACUUCUACUAUAUCAGAAGUUUAAAUGAAAUUAUAUGACUAUUUCUAAAAGGAAUCAUAAGAAGUAAAUGCAUGGACUGAAAUAUUUUAACUUUGGUAUUAAAUGAGUAAUUUUAAAAAUUUUGAUCCUUUAGAUGAAUAAUAUAUGCAAAAAUUCCAUAAAACUAUUCAUGUAUUACUUUAUUCAUUUUUUGAUUAUAUAGAACAAUAUGAAUUAAUAACUGAAGAAUUUAGUUUUAAAAUUAAGAAUAAUUUAAAUAAUACUGUUUCCUAUUAUUAGAGUGUAAUAUCUUUCAUAGUUUUAACAAUAGAAGUUUUAGUAAUAGUUUGUUAUUCUCUUGCCUAUAUGCAUUUUUUUCGUCUUCAAAGAAGGAUUCUUAGAAGUUCUGAAUAAAUUUAAAUUUAAUCUUUAGAAGCUGAAAGAAUUAGAUUAUCAAAUUUAUUAUACUUUUAUAAAAAUGCAAGUGAAUUAAAUCUAUAUAAAUAUCAAUUCAACUUCAAAAACAAAUUAUAUUAAGAAAAUUAAAAUCUAUCAUAGUUUCAAAGUUUAAAAUUUACAAAUUAUUCAAAAACUGAUUCAAAAAAAUAGUUUAAAAUAUAAGAUUAAUAAUAUUCUUGUCUAUAACAUCCUUUUGUGUUUUAUCCAUUAAUUGGAAUAUUCUUAUUUUGUUUUUAUUUAAAUUAUUCUCUUGUAAUCAAUUAAAAAUAGAUUGAUAGAUUAACAGAAAAAUUAGAUUAAUUUUCUAUUUAUAUAAAUUAUUGUCAAGAAGUAACUGAAAUUUUUUAUUGUGAUUAUAUUGUUUAAAUUUAAGAUAAAUUGAGAGAAAUUGAAAUUACAGAUCAUUUAAUUAAUCUUUACAAAGAUUAAGUUAUAGAAGCUUAUGAAGAAUUUUUACAUUAUGAUGAAUAAUUUAAAUAUGGAUAUUCUGAUUAGACUUUAGAUGUUUUAAAUAAUCUAUUACAAAACACAUGUUCAGUAAUUGAGAAUUCUUUAUGUAAGACUAUUUUAAAUGGUAAAUUAAAAGAAGGACCAAUGUAUUAUAUAUAAUAUUAUUCAAAUUUCGUAAGAGAUGAUAUAAAUUCAAAAUUUAAUACAACAAAAAAAUUCACAAGAGAUGAUUUGAUAGGAAUAAACUUUAUUUCUUAAAGUUUGGAGAAUUUAUUUAUAGAAUUAAAAAAUCAAUUAGAAGAUGAGAUUCAAAUUUAAUUAGAUGAGAAAUUUAGCUAUUUUUUACUCUUUGAAAUGGUAACAUUCUUAAUUUAUUUUUUUUAAAUAAUUUUUAUAUUUAGACUACUAAAUUAAAAGUUUUUUGUUUGUAGAUAAUUACCAUAUUUAUUGCCUCCAUAAUCAAUUUAUGGAGAAGAUAGCUUUUUAAAAUCUUUAUAAUAUAUUGAAAAAAUAUAUAAUAAUAUUUUGUAAUGA